UUUUUUUCUCUCACAACAACUCCAGGUGAAGUGAAGCAGACACUGUUGGCGCUGCUCACGUUAACUGAACACGUCUCUCUAAAGUUUGUCAGAGAAAAGGCAUGGCCGUUUACCAGCAGCCAGCGCAGAUGAUGAUGGUGACAACCACCACCACCCACACCAGUGGAGCAUGGAGCACUGGCCUCUGUGAUUGCUGCUCUGAUAUGGAAACCUGUUGCUGUGGUCUUUGGUGUUUUCCUUGCAUGCAGUGUCAGACAGCCGCUUUGAAUGGUUGGUGCUGCUGCAUGCCAUGCCUGGACUACUGCUGUGUGGUGUCCUGCUUACUCCGUGCCACCAUUAGAGAACGCCACGGCAUCCCUGGCUCAUGCUGUGAAGACUGCUGUUUGUUGUUCUGGUGCUACGAAUGCGUCUGGUGCCAGAUGAAUCGCGAGUUGAAGAUCAGGCGCAGCAUGCCCGUCAACGCUGCAGUGGUCACCACACAGGUCGUCAAUAUUUAGUGCGCUGCCAUUUUAGUUAGAGGGAAUGUGACAUGUUUACUGUUGGUCUUAAUAAGGAGUUAUUUUUCUUUUGUAAGGUUCAAAACACGUUUUUUUCUGUUUGUUGUUUGAGCAGUAUUAUGAGGAAGACAGAUGUAGACAAAAAAAAUACCCUCAGCUUGAUUUUAUACUUUUGCACAUAAUAUGUAGCAGCCAGCACUGAGCGUCAUAAACAUACUCAGUAUAGUAGCGCGUUUCUGUUUGUAAUGCCAAGAAUUUAGAAUUUAGCUGUUUUGUUUACUUAAUGUUGCUGUUUAAAGCCAUAGACUCACUGUUACAGCCAGUUUGAAUGUCAUGAUAUGAAUGACGUUAUGUCAGGUUCUUGUUUGGCCUUUGUUUCACUCUUGCCAAUAACAUACUGAUGUUGCAGGCAGCAAGCUCACAGCUAUCACAGUGUGAUUUCUCACCUGAGAUGAGUUUAACCUGUGUGAAAAGAAAAACAAACAGUAUACACAUAUGAUAUAUUAUCUCAAUAUAGCAAUAACCAAUAAUGUGUGUCCAGCCUUUAGAAACUUCAAAUGUUCUUUUAUUGACACAACAACACAUCACAGCAUCUUCGCCAAGUCACAUUAUUAUGUUGAGCAGCUGAAACUCUCCUUUUCACCGAGUCCUCGUCACAAACGUUCCCCAGUUUCUCACCUCUGUCUUUAUUCAUGACGUUGAAAGUAAAUAAAAUGUUUUCUAUA